CUUCGCUGAAAUAUGGCAGCGAGUAUAUUGGACAGCAACGGUACGAAAGAAAACAACAGCGGAUCUCAUUAUGAAGGAGCUGAAAAAUUGUUAGAGGUAUGGUGGAAGGCGUCUACACACCCUAAGGCUAAUUUAAGGAACAUACCGAGGAGCAAACUUGAACGACUUUUACAGAAAGUAAAAUGUGAAAUAAUCAGUCAAAUGAAAACCGUAGACCAGGAUGCAUAUGUAUUAAGUGAAAGCAGCAUGUUUGUUUCCAAUAGAAGAUUUAUUCUAAAAACCUGUGGUACAACAACCUUACUCUAUGCCAUGGAGGAUAUCUUACAGCUCGCUAAAGAACUUGGAUUUGAAGAAGUUGAG